CGCUUGGUAAAUGUGUGUGUGUGUUGAUGUGUGCAAGUCCCCAAAGUUUGGUUCCACAUGUGAAGAUUAUUGAAAAAUUGGAGGACACCCAAAAAUGGAGGCAACAUUUUUAAACUUUUGUGAUGAAAAUUUUACAACUUUGUCCCAUUUUUGCCGAAAGGAUGAACCAGAUGAUCCAGACAGUGGUCUGCUUGAUUUAAUUCAUGAUGACUUCUCAUACCAGGCAUCAAACUUUGGGGUGGCAAUGGAUCUCUGGGAAACUGAACAAGAUUCAAACAGUGAUUCAUCAGUUCUACCAGUCACCAUUCCACAAGAGGGAAGCUUGUCUCGAAUUGAUCAUAGUAACAAGGAAGAUUUCCAAAAAAUGUUGUUGGAUUGGCAGGAACAUUUGGGAUCAUUGCAGGUGUCAGAUACAGAAGAAAUAGAUGCUGUGCCAGAGCAGCUACCAGACAACAUAUUUGAAGAUCACAUAUAUGACAGCAUGUUUACAGAGAAACCAAUAUUUACUUCUGUAACUUCGAAGUCAACACCAAGUAUAUCUAUUAAGGACGAUGAUAUCAAUAUCUAUAACUUGGAUGAGUUGUUGGAUUGUGCAGAUGAUAAUGAUGACAAAUUACCUAUAAAAAUUCAUGAACAUGUACUCAGAAAAAUGGGACAGUUUAAAGUGGAUCCAGUUGCUAAGCCUGAGAUAAAGGCGGUGGUGAAGUCAGAAUGUGAGAUACGCGAAGCUGGAGGAGAACAAUCAAUAGAUAAAAAUAAUCAAAGAAAAUCUGUCAAUUUGGAACCUAGAAUUUCAGUGAAGAAGGAAUCAUAUGCUGAUUGCAAGUUUAUGAAAAUUAACAACAUUAAUGAACAGUUAGCGACAGCAGAAUUUGCUAAAGGUGCAAGCACUCUUUCAGAGCAAAAUGAUAGUUUUGAACUGUUGAACUGUGAUCCUUUAAAGAUGGAAGAAGAACUGUUAAAAACAUUCCCAAAAAUAAAAGUUGAACCAUCAGAGCUGGAUCUCAAACUAGAAGUUGAUGAAGAUUGUGUAGACAUUGAGACAGUAUCUGAACAGAUUCCAGUUCUUGAAGCAGGUGAUCUUAAGAGUCUGCUAGAACAAUUUGAGGCAUCAGAAGCAGUAAGCCCUAACAUAGCUACAGGAACUGCAACAUCACUACAGCAGCAGAUGCCAGCUGACAGUACACUGGGCAGAGAGAAAGCAGAUACACCUGCCACUGCUGCUACACAUGCUCCCUCCACUAGCAUAGUUUCUGCACCUAUCAAGCCUCCAAUUACUUUACCUUCCUCAAGUCAGCAGGCAUUGCCGAAUGUUACCACAUCAGUUACUACCUCAGUUGUGAGCACACUAACAACACACACCCCUGCACCACAUGCUACAUCUGCCAUUCCUUCUUGUCUCAAAAUUUCUAAUUCUGCAACGCGACCACUUCUUAAAUCCCUACAUUUGUCUCAAUCGGUAUCUGCAGUAUCUGUUGCAGCCAAUCAGUGUCCCAAAGAAUCCAAGUUGUUUGACAAUUCGUCACCUUCAACAUCUGUAGCAAGCAGUGGGAGCAGCAGUCCAGUGUCGCAACCAACUACACCACCCCAGUCAAACCAUAAAAUCCAGGAGUCAUUAUCUGCUGCACUUAUAGAGAAACUAAAGGCCAGUGGCCGCAAGAAAACAAUACCAGUUAUACCAGCGAUGCCAACAAAACGUUCAGGGAGAGGUGCCACCCGAAUGCAAGAUGCUGGAGCUGCUCUCAGUAGAAACAAGCUUCUGAAAAUUGUAGCAGGCGGUGAGUCCAUCCAACUGGACCAUGACUACUGCUCAAUGUCCAGUGGAACUGUUGAAGCCCCACGCCCUUUCUAUCACUCUGAUGCUUCAGAGUACUCAGUAGCGCCAAAUGCCUCAUUACUGCUUCCGCAAGAGCAGCAGUUGAAACAUUCAUCAUCGACAGAUUGCUGGGAGAAUAGUUCACGGAAAGAUAGUGGCCUUGAGUCUGGAGAUGUUAGCGAUGCUAGUGAGGAAGCUGGAGGUUCAUCAGUUGUAACAUCUGUUGAUUGUGGCUCUGGUACAGUCAUCGCAACACUUAAAAGUUCUGUGACUUCAGCACAGAUACAGCCUGGAACAUCACUUUUGAGGAAAAGCUUGAACACAGGACCCCAUGUGGCUAAUAAUACAAACUCUCAGAAGCAAAAAUUGAAGCAAUUUCAGCAACAGCAACGACAGCAGCAGCAGCAGAAUCAGCAAAUAUCACAGCAACAGCAACAACAGAAUUUUCAAAAGCAGCAGCAGCAACAGCAGCAGCACCUCCAUCAUCACCACCACCACCAGAAAGAGCAACAGUCUCCAUCUGCUCAGACUCAACAGGCUCCAAAGAAACGGAAGUUAAACUUGGAGGAAUAUCGUAAUCGGUUGAAAGAUCGUGAUCGUGCAAAGGACACACCAAUGGGAACUUCAAAAAUUAUUUCUGUUGCUGAUAUCCCUAUGCCUCCCUCCAAUACUGCAGCAGAAGUAAAUAAGAAAUCCACAGACACAGUUGAGUCCCGUGUGCGCCCAGAAAUGUGCAAUGCUGAAGUCCAGGCUGAUGUUUCGAAAGAAAUGGGUGCAACUUCAGACACCGAAAAAAGGUUAGGAAGGUUACGAGAUCACAGGCAUCGGCAGUAUAGAUCAAAAAGACAUUCUAGCUCUAGUUCCAGUUCCAGUGAGAGCUCACAAAGCUCAUCAAGUUCAUCUCGUAGUUCUUCAUACUCCCCGUCAAGAAAACAAAGACGACAGAGAAAUCGCAGCCGCCAUCGCAGGAGGUCACGAUCUAGACGGCGGACAAGUAGCAAACGUAGGCACUCGAGCGCAUCCCGUUCUUGCUCUCGGUCAUCCUCCUCAAGGUCCAGUCGUGGAGGCUCAUCUUCAAGUUACUCAUCUCGAAGUCGCUCGAGAUCUUGGAGUAGCGGAGCUCGUUUUCGAUCAAGGUCAUGGUCCCGAUCCAGGUCCAGAUCGAGGUUGCGCUGGAAUUCUCGCCCCUCCCAUCACAGCGGCAGACCACGGCGUGAUGGAUAUGCAGAUCGUUGGCAGAGGUCACGUUCUCCAUUCCGUGGACCACGCUGCAGAAACAUCUCCCAGAUAAGUGACCGUGAAAAACAGCGUCAAGUUGAGGAACGCCGAGUCAUUUAUGUUGGGCGCAUUGAUGAAGGAACUUCGAAGGCUCAGUUGCGGAAACGUUUUGAAGUAUUUGGUCCAAUUAUUGACAUAAGCGUUCACUUCCGAGAACAUGGGGACAAUUAUGGGUUUGUAACAUAUAUGUAUAAAAAGGAUGCCUAUGAAGCUGUUGAACAUGGCAAUGAUGAUCCACAUCUUCCGCAAUAUGACCUGUGUUUUGGAGGUCGGAGAGCAUUUUGUAAGACAAGAUAUGCAGAUUUGGAUGGUCUGGCAACAAGCAAUGACAGUGUAGGACAGUUUCCAGCAAGAGGACCAAGCGUGAAGAGUAGGCAAGAGGACUCCUUUGAUCUGCUUCUGCGAGAAGCACAAGCUACAAUUAGAAAACGUAGUAAAGUUUGACAUAGGUGUAGUCACCUAGGAGUGAUUUUCUUAAAAGUAUUUCUUUUUUGUUAGGGGGAGAAAUUAUAACUUAUUUCUAAAGCUGUAUGUUACUGGUGUAGUGUUUUGCGAGAUGUGUUCCACUAGUGUCAUGUCUUUUAUAAUGUCAUAUAAAUAUGGGUAAAUGGACCAUGACAAUUUAAUGUCAGCUGCAUGGUUCUCACAGCUGUUUGUAUAUGUAUAAAUAUAUAAUGGAAUAUGUGGAAAGCUCAGUCACAGUUAUUUGUCUGGGUAAAUUUGUUAAUUUCGUUAUUUACGUGUGAGUAUAAACACUCAUUGAUUUGAGUGCUACUUUUGAAUACAUUGUAUUCAUAAUGAUCUCUGGUCUUGUUUACCCUGCUAAGAUAACAAAGGAACUGAAAUAAUGAAAGUUCUCUUGAGAAACUAAGAACCUCUUUUUCCUUGAAUAUUGAAAUUACACUUCAUUGGAAAUGCUCAUUUACGAACACAAUAUAUUUUGGAUACAAACAAAAGUUACAUCAUUAAUUAGAUUCUUGCAUGGCUUUCGGUGUACAUUUUGAGGAAUCUGUGUUUAGCACCUAUUAUGAAGCAGUAAAAUAUAGGUGCAUGAGAUGUGUGAUGCUCACAUUGUGUUUCCUCAUUAGCAACCACUGCAUUUUUUAAUCAUUCAUUGUUUCACAACUUUUAAAAAGAUUUGACAAAUAAUAUUUUAAUGAUGCAUGUCAUUUUUAGUGUGACCAGGGACAAUAUAAUGUGCAAAUACUUGUGGUGAAAUUUAAUAUGUAUUUCAUAUUUUUAUACGUGUGUGUGCGUGUGGUGUAUAACAGACACAAUGUGUAUGUCAGUAUUGGGUAGAGAAUCACCAGAAUAAGUACAACACUAAAAGUUGAGCCAUUUUUAACAAAUUAUUGUUCAUCAUUAUGCUGCAUUAAUGCAAGUACUGUUUGCAUCAUUCUUCAGUGGAAUUCUGCAGCAGUGGUCAUAAUUUACUGUAAUUUAAAAGUUCAUAUUUGUUUGCCAUGGGCAAGCCAAUUACUGUUCUUGCCAUUGCAAAUAUUAGUUGUAACCCUUCUACAUUUUUUUCAGAAGUUUUUGUUUAUUUAACAUUGUUCCUCAGUUGUAUAAUUUGUAAAAGUGCUGGCUAAAGAGUACUUCCUACAUGAAAUUUCAGCCAAGUUAAGACAGACAUAAGCUGCUUACAAGGAGAGAUUUCCAGUGGUGGGACCAACUUUUUGAAGCAAUCUAUAUGGUGAUGUAGAUCAGCAUCCAGGGAAUCUCACAUUGCAGUCCUUCUACCUGGUGGACCCUUGUUUGCAAGUAAUCAGCAAAAAACUAUUUUGGAAUUUCGCAUGGUGCUCUAUUAUAGCUUUAAAAAUAGUAUCAGUUAACAGACUGCUUACUUAGUGUCAUGGUUUAGGUACUAGCGUGACACUAAAAAGUUUGUCAGUUCGAAUAUCGGCAGAUACAUUGAAAUAUUUUUAUUUUAAAAUCUUUAUCAAAAUGACUAUUCAUCAUUUUUAUUUAGUUAAAUGGUUUAAAUGUAACUUUUUUUCUAUUCCUUUCUCACUUCUUUUUUUUUUUCACUGUCAGUCCUUUCCUCUUGGAAUUCUUGUUUGUAUUAUUUUGAUUAUUCUUAUGUAUUACCUUAGAUUUAAUUUCUUUCGUUUUCUCAUCUACAUUUUCAUCUAUGUUAUUGCAUUCAUUAUUUGUUUCUCAGUUUGCUUGAAUUUUGUUGUACUUAUAAUCACUGCUUUCAUUUAGAAUAUCUUCCUUGUUAUUUUGUCCAUAGUGUGACGAGUAUUUGUUUUAAAUGUAUCUUGUACAUGUCACAUUAGUACCUUCAUCAUUACGUUAGGCAACCAAUCAGUAAAUUGUUAAUAUUUUUCAAGCUAUACAACAUCAUGCGAAAUUCCGAAAUUUUGUUUUGUCAGCUACUCUUAAAGGAGGCACUACCAGGGUGAAUGGCUGCAGGAUCUGAUUCCAUGGACCUACAUCACUGUAUAGAUUGUUUCAAAAAGUUGAUCACCCCACUGGGGACAAUUCCUUGUUAGUGGUGUAAAACGUGACACCAAUACUGAGGGGAAACACAUAAGCCAAAUUAAUCUCACACUCCUGUGAGUAAGAAUUCUUCAAUUCUUCUGUCCACAUCCUCACCUGUUCUGUUCUUCCUCCUUUCCAUUCCACCCUUUCAUUUCUGUGAAUGAGUGCCAGGUUCCAAAAAUCUGUCAUUGAUCUCUUAGUGUGUUUCAUUGAAGCAGUAAUCCCUUCUCCACUACAACUCCCUUUCACACCAGUAAAGUAGACACUUUAUCUUCCAUUAUUUGUUGGUGUACAAUUUAUCUUAUUUUACCAGUGUUAAUAACUUUCAUAAGCUAAUCUCAGUCCUUUUACUCUUUUGCUGGCAUAAUACCUGUGGCAAGGUUGUGUAUUAAUGUAAAUUGGAUGACAGUCCUUUGAAAUCCUCUAGUUAACACUUUUGUAAGGUUUAUCACAAACAAAUUUAAACAUUUUGUUGACAUUGACAGAAAUAACAAAUAAGUGUUGCCUGCCACUCAAUUACGUGAUGGGCUAUGGAAAUUAAUUUCGGUGUUUGGCAUGUGAUAGUUAACUAUUAAUUGAUAACAUUUUGGAAUUGGAAACCAAUUUGUAUCUGAAAUGGCAGUGUCUAGGUAAUUCAUAUUGUUCCAUUAACAGUUUCCUUUAUUAAAAAGGUAUAAGACAUGUCACUAAAGCUUACAUAGUCAUUCUUAGGAUGUAAUAUUUUUGUGAUAGUUGAUGUCUUUCAUAUAGUGUUGAUAGAACAAUCUUAAAAGUAAAGUUCAGUGCUUCACCUACCUUUUUCAUGUUUGUUGAAAUAGUAUUACUCUUUAGUUCAUGUCGAUUCUAGAAUUUUUGUAUUACUUUCAUUGUUUUAAAAUAUUUUAAAUACUCGCUUUGUCAUAUGUUCCUUUCUGGAGUGUAAUGGUCUGUUUUGUGUGUAUGAAUGAAGUAUUAUUAGAACAAGCUGUAAAUGAAUGUAGAAUAGUUACAAUAUUUUGAAUGUGCACCUUAUGCCUCUUAAUAGUUAAGCUUUUUGUGUGUUUCCAUAAUUCUAACAGCGAUUAAGAGUAUUGAAAAGGUAUAUUGAUUGGGUAGUGACAUCAGCAUAAAACAGUAUCAUUUCAAGAAAUUUAAUAAAUCCUUUUUUGUAUUUAUGUUCAUCUUGUCAUGUUAUAUUGACCAAUAUUUUCACCAUUGUUACAAAUGAUUAAAAUUUUGGUGAAUAUAAUGUGAUGACAUGGUCACAUACUGAGAAUAGUUUGUAGUAUGAUGAUGACUGUGGAAGCCUACACUUGCAUACAUCCUUUCUGGAGGCAGUCUUAGAAGUAACUUGUUUCUGUUUGGUGUGCUUUUCGCAUUGCAAAUUUUGUUUGCCAGAAGCUAUAGAUGGUGUUGCAUGUUAGAGCUACACAUUACAGCUACUACUUUGUACAUUGGCUCUUUGUUCAUUUUAAGUGUCAAUAUUUUGUAUACUGUUGUCUCUCAUCAGUCAUGUCUAAUCAUUAGGUGACACAGGUUUAUUUUUGUUUACUCGUAGUAAUCACUAAAGACGUACAAUUUUGCUGUCUUAAAAUUUAAAGAGUCACUUUAAAUCAACUUACCAUUUUUACAAGUGUAUGUUUAAAUAUGAAACAGUAUAAUUUGUAAAUAGUUUGCCAUUAUGAAGGUCUGUUACUGCCAGAUAGACAAAAUACAUAGUUGAAUUAUUCUUAUUUAUUGUUAAAAGAUAGAUUACAAAACUAAAUAGACACAUUUCACUUAAAUUAUACCUCUACCUAUUCAUUUACUUUUUUUCAGUGAUUGCCCACAUAACAUUAAUAUUUCAAACGUGUUUUGCAAUAUCAGAAUCUUAAGUUUAUUUCCAUGCCCAGGUAACUGCAACAAUCUUUUUGACCUCUUCAAGCCAUUGUUAUUAAAUAUUUAGAUAUUAUUCUCCAAUGUUUUAUCUACCAAACCUUGUAGCAGCCAUAAUAGUGUUCGGGACAAUGAGCAAAUUCCAAAUGUUCUUCAGAUAAAUUGUAACAACAGAAGUUGCAAUGCAGUCAAGAGAAAAUUGGCCCUUGUAUUAGGAACUAUUUUACCCACUCAUUGCAAUUGAUUCUAUAUUCACAUUUCAAAUUAUUUAAAUGUACUUUAAGUUAUUCUCUAUCACACAAGUCUCUGCACUUACCAAAGAUUUCUUGGAAGAUAAUUUCAUGACAUUUAUCACAGGGUGUUUCUGCACCCACCAUAGGGAAUUCGUGCUAGUUCUAUUUGUGUGUGUGUGUGUGUGUGUGUGUGUGUGUGUGUGUGUGUGUGUGUGUGUGUGUGUAUUUUCGGGUGUGCGCACGCGCGUGUUACGUGCAAGGUGUAAGAUACCCCAGAUUAUCAAUUCAGCACUCGUCUUUCGCAGUGUGGACUCUCCCAUCACAUGAUAUUUUUCUUUUAAUUCAUUGAUUGAGUAGUCUGCACCAUUAUUGUGAAUAUUAUUAUUUCUUGUGGAAGCACGGUAUGUUGAAAAUAGGUGAGUGAGGAAGUGACAGUGUCUGCAGUGGAUUAGUGUACUCAGAUAAUUGCUUUUUGUUUAAACAGACUGCAUUAAUAGAUUUGUAUCUUUUCCGAAUAAAAUGCUGCCACCAUUAUAGGAGAAUUAUGUCCUGUUAACUUUUGAGGAUAUAGUCGCUGCUGAUACUUUUUGUGUGCACAGUAAAAUAUCUGGACAUCUAGGGGUGACUGAAAACGCUAUCUGUCUGUUGAACAACAUGUAUGACAGCAUUUCAGUUACUGUAAGGAUUGAUAAAUUAUUCUGCUUUCAUUUAUAUGGUGUCUUUUUUAUUGUAAAUUUGAAAGAGCAUAUAUUGUUGAGCAUUUCUAAAUAACAUAUAUAUGUGGGAAGUUAUACAUUAUUUCUUCAGAAAAAGUAGAGGCACUGUUGGGUUUCUCAUUGGAUUGUGGUACACGUAUUUGGAGCCCCAAGCUCAUUCAAGAAUCAGAAUAAACUAACCUGUGUUCUGCAAAGAUGAUCUUCAUUUUGGUAUUGGACAUACCUUCUAUAAGUAUAUAGUAGACCUAUUUUCUUUUAUAGUGAUUUUAGAAUUGCAACAGCUUUGUUAGUGAAAUGUGUGUCUGUGCUGAUGGAUUGAUGGCUCACUCGAAUGUUAAGGUAUGCCCCCCACCCCCGGCCAUCUGUUUCUGCCAGUUUUGCAUGAUUGUACCAUAUAAACUGUAGAACAAGCAGUGCUAGCAAUCCUAACACCUUACAUGUGUUCCAGGUCAGGCAGUGCUAUUUUCUUUUAAGUCUGCCAAGAUGCAGCAUAUGGCAAAAAAGUAUUUAAUGUCACUAUUUCCUGUGAUACAAUGUGCAGUUGAAUCGUUUCCAUAUCAUUUCAUAAUUAUCAAGGCGUGAUUCUCAAAAGUCACAUGGCUGUUACUUUUGUUUGGUAAGAAAUACUUUGCCUACAGUCUGUGGGCAUUGAUUCAGUGUUGUAUCAUUUUUGCCAUGUACUAUUUGAUAUUUGUGUCUUCUGGAGUAUGUUAGAUGUGCCUUGGUUAAUUGUAAAUUUUGGGUGACUGCAUGUAGAUUUAAUACUGUGACAGUUCUUGGUACGAGUCUGUCUUCUGAAUUGUAACAUUAACUGAAAAAUGUUAGGUAUAAAAGAUUACAACCAUUACUAAAUUGCAAAUUGUGCCAUAGAAUACUAAGGAAGAAUGCAACUUUUGAAUAGUACAAUAUGUGAACUACCUGUUACUUUUAAAAGGUUGUACUGAAAAUGACUAACCUCUUUAAUCUUGAUAAGUCUAAAUAUGUAAUCCAUUAUGUUUAAAACAAAAGCUUAUGUGAUUAGCAAACUGUCGUAAGUAGGUGGAAUGGAACAAAAUGAAUUGUCCACUACUGCCAGAAACUGCGUUUACUGUCUUCUGCCUUAAUUUCAAAUACAGUCAAGGGAACACAAGGCUGCAAGUGGAAUGUAUAAAGGUUGUGUGUAUGCAUUGAAUAUUGUACAAAAUUUGUUUUACGAACAAAGUAUAUUGUCCUUGAAAAUUUCUUUCAACGCAGAUUCAGUGGUGACAAAACAUAAUCAUAAUGGCAGUGCUGUUUUUUCAGUUUUUCGUGCCUUAUGUUGCUAUAUGAAAAGUCUAAUAUUUGUGCAUUGAUGUGAAUAACAGUGCUGUACUAAGCACACUUCAUGAAACAGUGGCAGACAUAAUGUUUAAUUUAUUAGGACACAUUUGAGGUGCCUGGUAUAUUUGCCUUAAAGAGUACAAUUUGUUGGUCUCCCCCGUAUUCUCAGAAGCAUGUACCUAAUUUAAUGUUUUCAUAAUUUGUAUAUAUGGACUUGAGAGUGGUGCUAAUUUAUGAGAACUGUACAUAUAUAUUUUUAUACGUGUGUGUGUGUGUGUGUGUGUGUGUGUGUGUGUGUGUGUGUGUGUGUGUGUGUGUGUCAGUCAGUCAGUCAGUCAGUCAUGUAUCCUUUUGUAUGACAUCUUCAUCAGCAUGUUCUGUUAGCUCUAUAACUACUGGAUAUUUUCAUGUUUCACUGAAUAAUUGCAAUAACCAGUAGCCAUACCAUAAUAUUAAAAGCCAUUUGAAAAUGCGGAAAUGCUCAUGUAAAUUCUCAUUUGGGAGACAUAUUAUUAAAGAAUACUGCUGUACAUAUGUUGUCAUUUCACAUUCAUAAGAUUUCCAGGUCAUGGAAUAGUGGUGGUAAAACAUGCUAUAUAGAUAUUGACAUGUAAAUUUGUAACAGAUAUCUUACAUGCAGUGAAAUUUAUAUUAAACCAGAUGUACCAUGGACAUAAUACACCGCAUGAUGUUACUUUUGUUAAGAAAAAUUAUAUUCGUGUGAUGUGAUUGUAUGAGGAAAAUAAGUGCAGUCAUAGAUCAUAGUGUUGAUCACUUCACAGCCACACAGAUAAGUGCAGUCAUAGAUCAUAAAGUGUUGAUCACGUCACAGAUACACAGAAUGAAGUCGUGAUCAAACAGCAUUAUGAACAGUGUGUGUUGAUAAUUGAAACUAGAUAUAUUGAUUUAAACCUUUUUUGCAUUUAACAUUUUUGUUUACAGUAAUUUGUGAAAUAUUCAUCGUGGAAUUUUCUUGAAGCCUCCAUUGUGAGCGAUGAUGUCAGUAGUAAUGUUAAGCUGUGUGGCAUUAGGUGUACAUUUGCUACAUCCUGAAAUUUUUAAAAAUGAUCAGAAAUUUCAAUUGUUUGAAGAGUGUCUUCUGCUGUUGAUGAAUUUUUGCAGAAGUGUUCAGAUACCCUUACUGCUUUAGUAGCUGGGAAACAAAGAAAUCGGUAACAUGUUACUUUUGGAAACCAUAGUAGGGUCUCCACUUACUAUAGAGAUGAAAUGUGGAAUUUGUAAAUUUUGCUGCUGUCGAAGAAUUUUUCCCCCCCUCCAUGGGCAGUGAAUUGUGUAAAUUAUUGUACAUUAAAUAAAACUCUGUAGUAAAA